GACACCUACAGGCCGGCAGCUGUAAAACACGCAAGUUACAAAACAGGGACUUUUGCAAUCACGUGCACUGCUGCGUUAUACAAACACGGGAGUUCCCACUCUUGCGCUGCAGCACGCAACCCUGAACACCACAGGUCGGGGAAAUGAAAAGCAAACCCAGGAAGUCGGACGCGUCGGAUUCAAAGGCUAAGGCGAGGAAAAGACCCGCGGAGAACUCUGCUCCAACUCUUUCAAAAAAACUACGAGACAAGAAAGAUGGAGAAACAUCCAAAGCAGGGCCUCCUCCCAAGUCUGCGGGAGUCCAGAGGAGAGGUGGGCAUGGGAGCAUCCUGCACUACAUUUACAAGAGCACCCUGGGACAAAGUCUUCACUCGCAGAUGAGACAGUGUCUGCAGGAGCCGUUCGUUCGCUCUCUGUCGUCCUAUCAUUUCCACAGCGCUUCCAGCCCCUUCGACCGCCGAAUCACCAGCCUGGAGUGGCAUCCCACCCACCGCACCACUCUGGCUGUGGGGUCCAAGGGUGGAGACAUUUAUCUGUGGGACUUUGAGGUCCCCACAAAUAAAACUUUUAUUCAGGGGAAUGGUGCGGGAGACUUCAUUGGAGGGAUGAAGUUUUGCCCCAUGGACGUUUCAAGAGUCUAUGUGGCCUCUGGCGAGGGCACACUGACCAUGCAGAGCUUUGAGGGCCGCACACCCACCAUACUGUCCAGAACCCAAGACUGUGGCCAUGAUCACCACAAUGUUUGUUAUUGGUACUGCUGUGUGGAUGUGUCUGUGAGCCGACAGAUGCUUGUGACAGGAGACAAUAUGGGACAGCUCUUACUCCUGGGCUUGGAUGGACAAAAGAUUUUCAGUAACAAGCUGCACAAAGCCAAAGUGACCCAUGCAGAGUUCAACUCCCGAUGUGAUUGGUUGUUGGCGACGGCCUCAGUUGACCACACGGUGAAGCUUUGGGACCUGAGGAACAUAAAAGACAAGAAGAGCUUCCUGCAUGAAAUGCCUCACGAGAGAGCUGUCAACUCAGCCUUCUUCAACCCGCUGGACUGCUCCAAGUUGCUCACAACAGAUCAGUACGACCAGAUCCGCGUCUACUCGUCCCCUGAUUGGUCGAAGCCUCAACAUAUCAUUCAACAUCCACACAGACAGUUUCAGCAUCUCACACCCAUUAAGGCCACAUGGCACCCGGUAUAUGACCUGAUUGUUGCUGGCCGCUACCCUGAUGAACGUGUUUGCUCCGGCGAUCAGAGGACCAUCGACAUCUUUGAUUCCAACACAGCAGAGCUCGUGUGUCAGCUGCACGAUCCCACUGCUUCGGGGAUCAAAUCUAUCAACAAAUUCAAUCCGAUGGGUGAUGUGAUUGGAUCCGGCAUGGGUGUGACUGUGCUAGUCUGGGACAGGAACGAGUCAUUGAUCAGCGAUCGGCAGACAGUGCAUGAGGACAGCCCGACCUCGGUGGACAGUCUAAGAGGGCGGAGGAGUCAGCAGCGCUCCAGUAGGGACCGGAGGCGUCCCGCUGUGGAUGCAAAGCUCAAGAAGAAACUGGCUUCUCUGGAAGAAUCUGAGACCAAAACCAAGACCAAGACUGACUGUACAAAACAAAAACAAGUGCAGAUGAGGAAGAAGUGAACUGUAAAAAUCCAGGUCUUAAAAAAUCCAUGCAUACAUUUCUUUGUUUACUGUUUGUUGUGUCUCUUACUGCAGGAAUCGUUUGAAUGUGUAACAAUGUUUAAGAUAUUCUUUUAUAAACCAUUUUAAAACUGGCACUCUUGUAUGUUCACACUAGGGCUGCCCCCGACCAAAGAUUUUCCUAGUCAACUGGUCGCUGUUAGUUAAAGCCAUUAAUCGACUAGUCCUCGCACCUUUAUGAUACUAAUUUAAUAAUUUAGAUAUAUAUUUUUGGGGGGCAUGAGAAAAUGGUUGGAGUUCCAGGCCUGAGAAAGAAUGUUGUAAGUAACAUUGUUAACACUGUGCUGCAUUACAGAGAAAUACAAAACUAAUAAUAAUGAGCCUUUAAAAUAUAACUUUUAGGCGAGUUUUUGCCUGCAGAGUUUGUAUCUCAGCCUCUUGGGGUCGUGCUUAACCAUCUCGAAAUGAUCCCACACUGUAGAUUUCCUGCCAGACGAAUGUAAUUACUGGCUAAUAACAGCAGGGACCAGCCAUGUAAACAGUGUCUGUCUGUGACUUACUGAGUGUCGCCACUUCCCGUGGAGUUUAAUUUUUCCUUUUGCUUUCGACCAACCGACCAGUUGCAACUUGGUUGGCUAUUAGGUGGCAGCCCUAGUUAACACAGAAGUUUUUUCUACUGUAUGACAAUAAAAUGUUCAUGUUUUCUUAA